AUGGCGUUCCUGGGCUGCUUCCUCCUCCUCCUCGCCAGCGCCACGGCCCGGGCGGAGUACGGCGUGGUCCACGUGGUGUCAGAGAAUUGGAGCAAGGACUACUGCGUCCUGUUCAGCUCCGACUAUGUCACCCUCCCGCGGGACCUGCACCACGCCCCACUCCUGCCCCUGCACGAUGGCACCAUGGCACCCUGGUGCCCGGGCCGGGACUCCUCCCACCGGGCCCAGCCCGGCUCCCCCAGCCAGCGGCCCCUCCGCCACACCACCGCCAUGGUUAUGAGGGGCAACUGCAGCUCCUACGCUAAGGGCUGGCUGGCUCAGGGCCAAGGCGCCCACGGGCUGCUCAUCGUGAGCCGGGUCAGCGGCCAACAGUGUGCAGACACAACCCUGGCAUCCCAGGACCCCCACCAGCCCCUGCCGGGCCUCACCAUCCCCGUGGCCGUGCUCCGCCACGCCGACAUGCUUGACAUGCUCAGCCACACCCACGGCAGCGCCGUGGUCCGCGUGGCCCUGUAUGCGCCCCCCGAGCCCAUCCUCGACUACAACGUGGUGGUCAUCUUCAUCCUGGCUGUGGGCACCGUGGCUGCCGGCGGCUACUGGGCGGGCCUGACUGAGGCGGACCAGCUGCAGCGGUGCCAGGCCCGAGGAGGAGGGGGGCCCGGCGGGCACGAUCAGCAGGGAGCGGCGGCGGCGGCGGCCGCGGGGGGACAGGAGGGAGAAGACGAGGACGUGCCAGUGGACUUCACGCCGGCCAUGACGGGGGCCGUGGCCACCGUGUCCUGCUCCAUCAUGCUGUUGCUCUACUUCUUCUAUGACCGCUUCGUCUAUGUCAUGAUCGCCAUCUUCGGCCUGGGCGCGGGCACCGGCCUCUACACCUGCCUGGCCCAGCUGGUGCGACACCUUCCCCUGCAGCGAUCCCAGCAGCCCGUGGCCAGCCAGCGGGCCCAUCUGCAGCUGCCCCUGCUGCUACUGGCCGGCCUGUGCGCCGCGGUGACCGCCCUCUGGGUUGCCCACCGCAAUGAGGACCGCUGGGCCUGGCUCCUGCAGGACACGCUCGGUGUGGCCUACUGCCUUUUCGUCCUGCGGCGGGUACGGCUGCCCACACUCAAGAACUGUGCCUCUUUCCUGCUGGCCCUGCUGGCCUUCGAUGUCUUCUUUGUCUUUGUCACGCUGCUCCUCACCAGGACUGGGGAGAGCAUCAUGGUGGAAGUGGCCUCGGGCCCCACGGAUUCCUUGAGCCACGAGAGGCUACCCAUGGUGCUCAGAGUGCCUCGGCUGAGCUUCUCGGCCUUGACGUUGUGCGACCAGCCCUUUUCCAUCCUGGGCUUCGGCGACAUCGUGGUCCCUGGCUUCCUGGUGGCCUACUGUCACCGCUUUGAUGUGCAAAUCCACUCACGCCAGGUCUACUUCAUGGCCUGCACCGUGGCCUACGCCGUGGGCCUGCUGGUCACCUUUGUCGCCAUGGUCCUCAUGCAGAUGGGCCAGCCCGCCCUGCUGUACCUGGUGUCCAGCACCCUGCUCACCAGCCUGGCCGUGGCUGCCUGCCGCCAAGAGCUCACCCUCUUCUGGACCGGCCAAGGCAGAGCCGAGACACCUGCCCAGCCCGUGGCGGGGCUCCGUGGCGCGCCUUCACUUGGCUCGGAGAAGCAGCAGGAGGAUACAGCAGACGUCCACCCAGCCAGCAAGUUUGAGGGCGCCACCAGCCACCCAGCAGGGGACUUGGACAGCAACCUGGAGGAGGACAUGGCCGAGACUGCCACCGUAUCUGAGGAUGAAGCCGCUGGUCCGGAUGGCCACAGGGACAGCUCCGAGGGCUGGAGCGAUGCCAACCUGGACCCUGAUGAACUGUUUCCUGCCUCCUCUGGGGCCUCGGAGGAGCCGACGCCACAGACGCCGACCGCCAUGCUGAGACCGAUGAGGUUGCUGAUGCCACCGCCCUCGGAGCUGGGCCACGCUCAGGCCCAGCCCCAGGCCCACGGCGCUGGCCUGCCCUGGACGGGGCUCCACAAGAGGAAGGGCUUGAAGGUAACGAAGAGCAUGUCGACCCAGGCUCCCUUGUGA